AUGGAUUGGCACUAUACCAAAAAAGGGAAACAUACUGUUCGAUCAGCAUACUAUCAGAUAUUGAAUCAUCCACAUUUCUGCUUGGAUGGAUCUGAAAUAGACAUGUCACCACUUGGUGUCUGUGAUCAUGUAUGGAGCAAUCUAUGGCGUAUGAAGCUUCCUCAAAGAGUGUUACUAUUUGCAAGGAGGUUAUGCAGUAACUCUCUGCCAACUCCAGACAAUCUCAGAAUUCGACAUUUGGACCCUGAUGAUACUUGUAGCUUAUCCGGAAUUUGGCAGGCGAGGAACUUGGCAGUUUUUGAGCAGAUGAAAACGAGUACAUGCUCAACUGUACUACAAGCUAGUAGGGUUGUUCAUGAUUUUGUCUUAUCCCAAGUGCAUCCAGAAAGGAAUGAAACAACUCUUUCUGCAUUACCGCAAGGGAUCAGGCGAGCUGAAAGGGCAGUUCAUGUUUCCUUUGAUGGUGUUGUAUCUCUAUCAAGACAAUGUGCAGGAGCUGGAGUUUAUAUUGUUUCACCAGAAGGUCGCUUCUUUCAUGGAGUGGCUCGACAUUUCCCUAAUGUUUGGGAUUCUGAUUUGGCAGAAUUAUUAGCUCUUCCGGAAGCUUUACUGUUAUGUAGAAGAGUUGGACUAUCUGAUGUCAAUGUUUUGGGAGAUUCUUAG